CCACAUACAUGUGUUUCCAGUGGACUCUGUUCCUCUGCCUAUAAAGCUGCACUCUCGCAGAUUUAACGACAAAAAAUAAAAUAAAAAUUGUCAAAACGUUCAAUUUUUGAGAGUGCAGUCUACACAAUAAACGUUUUGUAAAGCAUUCAUUAAGUGUUCGACUUUUCGAAUUUUGGAAUUUAUUUUCAUGAGCGUAAUGAAACAUAAUUACAUACAGCUUGUGAGGAAGGAAGCAUUGUGGUUAAGGAGCAGUUUACUGAAUGUACAUCUUGAAUGGGAAAAUACUUGAAGCAUAAGUGGCAUAAUUGUUGAGGGAUGCUGAAAAUGAUGAGCUUAACACAAGCUUAACUUUUAAAACUUGAUGAUAUUCGUAGUCAACAGAGGAGGGGAUUUAAAUUCUUAAAUAACGGAAGCAAAUCUACGGGAAUUUUCAUGCUUUUCUGUGAUUGUUGGAUUACAUCCUGUUAUACUCACCGGUUAAAAUAGUGAAUUUAUCGAGUUGCUCUCUUUUUUUAGCCCGUUGUUCUUUAAUAAAUCAAACGCGAUUGCGGAUAGUGCUGUGAAGAAACACCAACGACGUCAUUUCCGGCCCGCAGGUGCGUGUUGACAAGAUGCCGGGGGUCACCACGAGGUCAAGGUCGCUGGUGGAGCAAAACGGCAACGGUCAUCCGCACCAAUCACAUAAUACCACGUCCCAUAGCAACGGCUUAGUGAAAAACGGUAUCCAAGGUUACUACAAGGAAGGAUACGACACUUUAGAAAAGACAGGAUUUAACCGAAUCCUUCACAAUAUUCUAAACAAGAUUGUGUUUCCUCUGAGUCUGGUGCUACUCACGCCUCAAAUAGUCAUCCUCUACUGGUAUACGAACGACCAGUGCGGUGGAAGUUAUUCCACCCUCUUCUCGCGUUUCCGGGAGGGCUCGAGCCUCGAUCAUCUGAUUCAGAUAUGGGGUAGCAUCAAUAUUUUUAACAAAUUUACAUUCAGUGUGAUAUUCGCAUACUGUGCCUGGGUAUUAUUUUGGAUGAAAGUUCUUCCGGGGAAAACGGUGUACGGACCGAUCACGCCGAAAGGAAACAUACCCGAGUAUAAAGACAAUGGUUUGUUGCACUACAUGGUUACUAUGGUCGGAUUUGCUCUACUCACUAUCGUACUGAAACAAUACGGAAUGUCUCCCACAGUCGUCUAUGACAGGUUUGGUGAAUUGCUGGCGUUUAUGAAUGUGUUUGCCCUCUUGUUUGUAUUCUUCCUCUGUUUGAAGGGAAUAUAUUUCCCCUCGUCGACUGAUAGCGGCAAAACCGGUGGAGGUUUUAUAUUCGACUACUACUGGGGUACCGAGCUGUACCCUCGCGUUCUCGGCUUUGAUGUCAAAGUAUUCACCAAUUGCCGCUUCGGAAUGACCAUCUGGCCGCUGUUGGUGUGUAUAUACGCUCUAAAAAGCUACGAGCUACACGGAUUUGUGGACAGUAUGUUUGUCACAACCGUGCUACAGCUUGCCUAUAUCACAAAGUUCUUUUCGUGGGAGGCCGGCUAUAUGCAGACGAUUGACAUUAUUGUGGACAGAGCCGGCUACUAUAUAUGCUGGGGAUGCCUUUGCUGGCUUCCGGCGCUUUAUCCAAUCGUCAGCCAGUAUCUCGUGUCUCAUCCCGUCCGCCUAGGAAUGUCACUAACAUCGAUCAUCCUAGCCGUAGGUCUGGCGUCCAUCCUUGCCAACUACCUCGCUGACUUACAAAGGCAGCAAGUGCGAAGCGCCGACGGCCAGUGCCUCGUCUGGGGAAGAAAGCCAGACAUAAUCCGUGCUAAAUAUAAAAUCGAAGGAGGGAGUGAGAAGGAGAGCAUUCUUCUGGCCUCCGGCUGGUGGGGACUCUCGCGCCACUUUCACUACGUACCGGAAAUCCUACUCUCGUUUUUCUGGACUGUGACCACGGGGUUUGAGAAUCUCCUACCCUACACAUAUGUCCUCGUGCUCGUCAUUCUGCUUGUCCAUAGGAGCUUUCGAGACGAAAACAAGUGCAGCCGGAAGUACGGCCGCUACUGGCAAGACUACUGCGACAGAGUCCCGUAUAGAAUCGUUCCCUACGUGUUUUGAUAAUCUCCUUGGUUAGGAUAGCAUUAACAGAUUCUUUCUUUAUUUUAUUGAAGAGUCCCCUUCUCUGUUACGCUGCAUAAAAGGUUACUCAUGAAAGUGUAUGAUGGGUGAUAAAACACUAAAAGCAAGGUGGUUCAACUUUAGGUAUUAACCCCAGUUUCUCAAAAACGCUAAGGUCACCUAGCUAACCUGACUAUUUUUUGAAUGUGAUAUAAAUUAUAUUAUGUUUCAUGAGAUGUUUUGAGUUCUUAGACCAUUAAAGUAACGUGUCUUUUUAAUAUUCAGGGUAAACUAUCAGCUCUCCAUCCUGGGUUUGAAAAGGACAAGGUGCUAGGUCAGAAAGGGCAUUUUUGAUGCGCAUUGAAUGAUCCCUAAUUUGGCCCUUGCAAGCGUCAAUGUUCAAUUCAUAUAGUGUAUGUGUUGUUACUACUUUCAAUACUAAAAAUUGUUAUGAAUACCUUAGCAGUUAUCUUUACUUAUAUAUCAAUAUUAUGUAUAUAUAUUAUAUUUAUUUAUGAAAGUUUCAUAUAUAAGGUCGAAAAUUGAUGUCUUAUGCUUAAAGUGAUACUUAGGUGUGAGUUAUCUUAUAUGACUGAAUUGAAGGCAUUACUGCCAAAAUCAGCUGAUUCUGAGACCAGAUUAAAAAAAAAAUUGAGAGUGCAGCUUUAAGCAAGUGUAAAAGAUAAAAUAAAUCUUGGGCAAUGAGUACAAAAAACUUGUUGCACUCUCUGACUUAAGAGUUAAGUACUUCAGACAGAAUUACUUUGUUGAAACUGCACAAGAGAAGAUUGGAGGGGCGAGCGGAAGAGGCAUAUUCUCUUUGAUGUUGCCAUACAUAAACUAGUCUAGUUUAUGUUUCAUGUGUUACGUGUGACAUUAGUCCGUCAAUGUGAGACUUCCCUAAUAUUUUUUUCCAGAUAAACUUGUACAUGUUGUUUGCUGAUGCAUAUAUUAUGUUAAGUUUACUUCAAUAUAAGCUUUUCCGUAAUGCACCUUCGUCAGAUAAGCUCACAAGAAAAGUGCACUCAUGUGCACCUUAAAUAAGCUUAGCUAAGCGUUUUAAGUAUACCAAUAUUGAUGUAUUUACUUAAUAAAUUGCGUAUGUACUUAAUACGAUCGUUAAUUAUUGCUUAAUGAUACCUGAAUUUAAUUAAAAAGAUAAACCACUUCUAAUAUUUAUUCUAAACGUAAUUAAUUACUUUACUUAUUUUAAUACGAAAAUAAUGUGUUUGUAUAUUGUACUUUGUAAUAUUUAGUGCUAAUUAAAAUACCACAUUAUUUCAUAACGUUCAUAAGAUUGCAACGUUAAUGUGAUUUUGAAAGCAAGCCGAUUUCUUUUAGAAACCGAGGGGAAUAGAUAACUAAAGAUAAUUACGCAGAAAUCAUGGAAAACAAUUUUUCUCUUUUGAGCUGAUUUCCUCUCUUUUGGUCACGAAACUUUAAAAAUAAAUUAUUGCAUUUAAUCUUAACUAUACCAAAAUUGUUUUUUCGUAUUGAGUGUGAUGGGAUACUCAUACUUCGUACGGGUUUCCUCUUUUUUACAAUUUUGCUUUGACAUCCCUGAGAAAAGGUAAAAUUGUUGCAAAAAGACCCUGCCUUACUUUACCUAUUACAAAUAGUCAAACCGUUCUUAGUCAAUAUCGAGGUUCAUUUAAUUAACUUAAAACUAGCAACAAUCUUGUAAAAUGAAAGCAAUGAUUGUAUAUCCUAGUACAAUGGUUUAUCAGGUAAUGUUAUAAACUAGCUAAUGGUAUUAAAAUCAUCAAUUUACAUUACCUAUUGUUAGCUUAUGACAGACACUUAUCAGUUACAGUGUAUGGCCACUCAAAAUAACUCUUGGAAUCGAAUUUUAUUGACUGUGAAAAUAAUAAUAAUAAAAAAUAAAACCACGCUGUUGUUGCACCUACAGCCUUUUGAACGCGUGCAGCGCUUUCAUUAACUUAUAUAUGGAAUCGUCCUGCUUAUUAACCUUUGACCGGUCAUUUAUAAAAUAAAUGUCAAUUUAUUUUAGUCCUUAUCUGACAGCUGUGCGGGCGUUUACUGCAGUACAUGUUGCUCAAACUUAGAUAAAGAAACAACAAAUAACAAGAAUCAAUGUCAUAAUCAUCAUCUUUAUAAUCAAAGACAAUCUAGAAAACAACAACAACAACAACAAAACAACAACGCCAUAUGUUUAAAACACUUCAACUACAGCAACAAAAGCUACAUCAGCAGCAACUGUUACCGAAUAACCAUCCUUUAACUAAACUAGAAACGCCGCAAUACGACGAAACCAGGUUUUUAAUUUGGACAAUCGGAAAUUAUAGCAAAUCAAUUUCAUGUAUGAGUAAUGAAAAAGGAGCAGCCUUAAGUAAUUAGGCAUUUUUUUUUUCUUUUUUAAAUUACAGUGACAGUGCCCUUGACCCCACUCUCCUCAAAAGAAAUCCCAAGCAAGCUCUUCACAGAUCCUACCUACCCACCAACUUUUACCACAAUAUAUGUUCAUCAAUUCUCACUAAAAUUAUUGGGCGGAAACCAUUUUCUAUUUCCAGUAACAGUGACAUUGAACUUGGCCCCCUGAUCCAUCAAAAGCAGUCCCUCUCCACACAAGCUACAUACACACCAAAUUUCAUUACUAUCCACCAAUUCAAACUUAAGUUAUUGGGUGGAAACUAUAAUCCCUUUUUAGGACCCCCACCCCCACCUCUCCAGAACAACAACAACAAGAUAGCUCAGCUCUUCACGUAAGCCACAUCAACUUUCAUCUGUUUACUGAAAGACACAGAAACAUUUUUUUUUUUCAUUUUUAUCACCCACUGAUUAUUCUAUAUAUUAUAAAUUCAAUGGAUCUGCAUAUAUGUUUUUUCAUUUACAUAUAAAACAUUUGUUUAGUUCGAUUGCGAUAUAUACAUUUAUCUAUGUGUAUUUUGAUGUAUUAUUCAUAAAUGCAAUUAUCUUUAAAAGACAGCCACAUUGGUAUAUUGAACUGCCUUUCACAGAAGAAAAUGAUCUUAAUAAGCUUUUAGCUUUCGAUCGAAUUCUUAAAUAUUUAGAAUGUAAUACAUGUUGUCACUUGUAUAUUUUCAUGAAAUAAAUAUGUUUAAACCAAAAAAACAUGUGUAUGUAUGUGGUAAGUACUAUUUAUUACAAGGUUAUUAAUGUCAUCGUUGUUAACUUUCAAAUCGUUAAUGCUCUGGAGCUUAAGUGGAUAUACUUGUGAUCUGCUGUAUUUCCCACAAGAUGUGGUACAAAUGUUCAGCUGUACUUGUGUAUAUUUAAAUAUGUGAGCACAUAAAAAAGUUCUCGUUAAAAGGUUAGCAACUACCUGAACAAGCUGUCCAUUGUGUGCGUGAUUGAAAAUACUAAAUGUUCAUUUUGGUUUUUUAGGAAAAAGUAUAUCUUUGUGUCUUGUCAGAUAAUAAUAAAUUCGUUUCUCUUCUACUUAUAUAUUUAUCUGUGAAAAAGGAGUCAUUAUUUAAGGUGUUGUUUACCAAUAUAACAUUUAAUAAUAUACACUUCGAAAAUAUAACAUCCAAUCAUAAAUUAUGAUAUUUAUUUUAAAUAGCAUAUGAAAUGAUGCUUUUUAAAAUCAAAUAUUUAACGUUAUGAUUUCAUUGCAAUGAUAACAUCAGUUGAAGAAAUAUGAUUAAAUUGAUCUAGGCGUCUGUUAUGUGAACACUGUUUGUUGCAUAUAAAUACAUAUGCAUUUUACAAUGAAUAAAAACAAAGUAUAUGCUCGU